CCUCGUCUCCGGGACCUGCUUCACCAAACCGCACGACGAGUCCUGAACAAUCCAGUCGCUUAUUUAUCACUAAUUUAAGUGUGAAAAUGAUCACGGCACACAGCGGACAACAUUUUCUCCACCUGGAUUCUCUCCAGCCACUGACUCCAUCUGCGUCUCUCAGCCAUAUUGAGCUGGAUGCCACGAAGAGUCCCCUGGCUCUCCUGGCACAAACAUGUUCGCAAAUCGGAAAAUCGGACUCGUUUUCUUCCACCAGUUCAUCGAACGACUUGAAAGACUCUGGAUGUCUGAAGAUCAGCAACAUCAGCUUUUAUUCCAAAUCAGCAGAGAAGAAAGAUCCUGAACCUUCAGCUGAUGCUCAGGGUGUUUUGAGGACACAGAGCGCCACCUGCAGACCAUUUGCUGUAUGUUCUACAGUUCAGGAUGAAGAUGAGAUGAUGAAGAAAGACAGAGAUGGCCAAAAAGGUUCAUGUGAAACCUCUGAGGAGAUCAGAAAUGGAAAUUCAGACCUUGACACCAAAAGGAGACAUGAAUCUGAAAGAAACAUCUCAUGCUCUGAGACUUCAGAGAUGUUUUCCACUUCUUCUGGACUCGGAUUGUGUGUUCCACCAUUUUCUGUGCUUCCUCUUCCACCAUUUCUGAGAAGCUGUGUGAGUUUCCCUCAGCCAGUUUUGAACAAUAAACCAGAGACCUCCAUUGUUUCCACAGUUCCAUGUGCAGACCCGUACUGCCUCGGCUAUCGCUGCGCUGCGUCUCUGAAAUCAACAUUCCCUCUUCUGUAUCCUUCUCACUCACUGCCUUCUUCCUCCAUGUCUCCAUUUACGAUGUUUCCACAAACGCUGAUGCAUCCUCAUGAGCUCCAGUCCUGGGUUUUUAACAGCAUUUCAGCUCAUUCUUCCUCUGAGUCCAGUCUUUCUUCCUCAGUGGGUUCUCAUGCACACGCAGUGCCGACUCUCAGGAACCCACAUCACACACUCGGACUCGGCACUCGGUAUCAUCCGUACUUCAGAAGCCCUUUCCCAACACCUUCAAAUUCAUAUUAUUCUCUACAUGGACUUUAUGGACAAAGGCUCCAUCUGGCACCUUAAAGGGGAACGUUAUAGGUUCUGUGUAGAACCUGACAACAGACGGUGUUCACUUAUUGUAUUUACAGGAAGUUAAACCACUGAGAAAGAAUUUUUAAAAUAAAAAAUGUACACAAUUAUUAUUUACAUUUUAUAUAUCAUUAUAUAAAGUGUAAUAUAAUAAAAUAUAAUACUCUCCUGUGGAACCCAGAAAGAAAAAGCGUAACCUCAUCAUGGCAACGUUUAAACUCUGUUUCAGCUCCAGCAAUAAACCUUCUAAAGGCACCUAAAAGUCCAGCUGCUUAAUUUUUGUCUUCUGUUCUGCAUCAAACUGGGCUGGGUUUCCCAAAAGCCUCUUAACGCUAAGAGCAUCUUAAGUAGGAGAGAGAGAGAGAGAGAGAGAGAGGGUUAAUUGUGCUGCUCGCUCGACCACUUAACGAUGAUCUUUGUGCUACGAUGCUUUUGGGAAAAUUGGCACUGAUUUGAGGACAAAAAAAUGAGGGACAGAAAGGAGACCAGAUCUGGAUAUGGGAUCAAAGCUUCACCUGAGACCCGAGGGACGAUCAGGACAAACAGGAAGUUAGAAAUGAAUCACAAACAAAAAACAAAACCCAGAGUCGAUCCUGAGUGAUCGGUUCCUUUUUAUAAACUGGGAUAAUUUGCCAAUAUUACAUUUUUAUAAAACACUAACUGCCCGAUGCUGUCGCAGUUACACGUCGCAGUGUGCUCGAGAUGAAAUGACUUCCUCUUUAUGGUGUUAUUGUGGUUAAUCGCCUGUUUUUAUUUAUAUAUGAUUGUAUUUUGUACUAAAAACACCCCCUCAAAAGGAACGCAGGUUUUUAUGAAGAUGUUUGAUUUGUAAAGUAUUGUGGUAUCUUCACUUCAAUUCAAUUUAAUUCAACUCAUUUCUAGAACACAUUUAAACCAGCUGAAGCCGACUGACGUUCUGUACAGAGGAGCGGAUUCGGAUUAAAAAGACGCAUCGACAUCGCAGUGGAACACUGAUACAGGAAUCUAAAACAAACAAUCACAUGAAAAUACGAAAUUGUACAAACUGUAAAUCCCCUUCAGUGUAAAACACAUGAUGUACAAACAACAAC